AAGUGAUACCUGCUAGACUGAACUCAGGGCACAAUCAGCUGAUUUCAGACAGGAGCGAGUAUCGGACUUCCUGGUUGGCUCUGCGUUGUGUUGUCCUGCUUCCCGCAAAGCUUUCUGGAUCUAACAUAGACGGAAGCACCAGAAUAGUUUUGCCACGGCCUGUUUUAGGGCUCGGUCCCCUGUCCGUCGAAGUCGAGAGGCGAAUGAAAGAGUCGUCGCGAAUUGAGGCGGUGGUGAAAGCUGGAGCAGAGUCGCGCAGCUGUGGAGAGCAGCUGCCCGCAGAUCAGUGAGGUUAGCUGGGGCAGAGCUAACAGACGGAGCGGCGGAGGAAGAAACACUGUCAGUUUGGUGUCUUUUUAACUUACAGAGCCUCCAAACUACAGAAUAACCUCAGGGAACUUUUUGAGACGCCCAGAGAGUGCGAGUAUGCGGCUAGAAUCACGGGCGUUGUAGGAUGAAGAGCCCGGCGCACCGCACCAGGGACAUCGAGCGGCAAGCAGGCUACCUAAGGCCCGAGCACUGCGCCCCUCCUCCGCCACGCACUGGCUCCGACACCAUGUGGUUCAUCCGUGACGGCUGCGGCAUCGUGUGUGGUGUCAUCACCUGGCUCCUGGUCUUUUACGCCGAGUUCGUGGUGGUGUUUGUCAUGCUGCUGCCCGCCAAGAACGUGGUCUACAGCUUUUUAAAUGGGGUGCUCUUCAACGGCCUGGCUUUUCUUGCCCUUGCUUCUCAUGCUAAGGCGAUGUGCACAGACCCGGGUGCUGUGCCUAAAGGGAACGCUACCAAAGAAUUCAUCGAAAGUCUGCAGCUCAAACCCGGACAGGUGGUGUACAAAUGUCCAAAGUGCUGCAGCAUCAAGCCCGACAGAGCUCACCACUGCAGUGUGUGUAAACGCUGCAUCAAGAAGAUGGACCACCACUGUCCCUGGGUGAACAACUGUGUCGGGGAGAGCAAUCAGAAAUACUUUGUGCUGUUCACGAUGUACAUUGCACUAAUAUCCUUCCAUUCACUCAUCCUGGUGGCACUCCACUUUGUUUUCUGCUUUGAAGAAGACUGGACAAAGUGCAGCAACUUCUCCCCACCAGCAACUGUCAUCCUCCUCAUCCUCCUCUGCUUUGAGGGUCUCCUCUUUCUGAUCUUCACUGCUGUCAUGUUUGGGACUCAGGUCCACUCAAUCUGCAGCGACGAGACGGGUAUCGAACAGCUAAAGAAGGAAGAGAGACGUUGGGCGAAAAAGUCCAAAUGGAUGAACUUGAAGGUGGUAUUUGGACAUCCAUUCUCUAUAGCCUGGCUCAACCCCUUCUCAUCGCCCGAACACGGCAAGGCAGACGUGUAUCAGUACAUCGUGUGAAUGCUGGAAACAGAUCUGAGCUCUCCUGCUCUGGACUCAAACUGGUCCCCUGGACCUCAUUGAGCAUGAACUCCUCUAGACCACUGUUAUGUCUUCUUUCUUUUAUGGACAUUUCAUUUAUUGAUACUUCAGGGUGUUCUGCUGUAAGCCAUCACAUUGUGAAAUAUGUUUUAAAAACUCAUCUCCUUUCCAUUUAUUGUUUCCCUCUUGAGGCUGACUAAGAUUGAUGAGGUGUAGCUGAACAGAAAAACUCUACAAGCAGACAAAUUCUCAAACAAAGCAGCAACAACUUGACAAGAAGCACUUGAUGAACGUCAGAGGAACAACACCCGGUGACUGCUUUCUGCCUUGGUUGGAGUAAUAUUUGUCUGAUCAUUUCCUGCUUCCAAAACUAGACAAUGUGAACUGAAAACUGAAGUCCAGAAUGUUUCCGCUCAAAGCAGCACAGUGCAGGUGCCAAGAUGGACUUCGGGUCGUGUCUUCCUGUAAACAUUGCGACAGGAUCACCUGUCUAAUCCGUCAUUUGCUGUAUUUCUGUCGCUGCAAUAAUCUUGUGCUGAGUGCUGCAGAUGAUUUGCCUUAGAGAACAGUGCAUUAGUGAACAGUGACACCUGUUGUUUUAAAAGACAAUUCUAUUAUUUAUGCCUUAAAGUGGCUGUCAGGGCGACACAGUAUCACAUUUGGUCAAAUACUAUUUUAAAGAAGUCGUUUGAUUACAGAACACUGAGAGACAUUCAGGGGUUGUAGGACAGAGAAGUUAUGAUCCUUAAGAUUUCUGCGAGGGUGAAUACGACAAGUACGGUUACCAUGAUAACAUGUUUAUGAUAGUACAGCAAAAGCUCAUUAAGAAGCUCUUUUCACAGAAACACAACCAAAGAGAUUCUUUUUUUUAAUCAGGUAUUUGAAUAAGUCAAACUCAAAAUUUGAUUUUCCAUAAGGUUUUUAUACAUUUCCUUCCUGUACCUAAACCGUGACUUGGUCUGAUAACACUUGAUGGCACAAAUUCUUCAGUUACUUAAAGAUGAUAAAAUUGCUUGCUUAUAUGCGAACAACAAAAUAAGCCACAAUGUAGAGAGGUACAGCUAAAUCUACUGAAAAUGAACGACCACUACCUAAAGCAUAAGUACAAUCUAAAAACUAGUCGAAAAGAUCUUAAGGAUUUUAACUCAAUAUUCUGACACUUUGCAAGUUAACUCAGUCUUUCAAUAAUCAUUGAGUUUAAUUACUCAUGAGUUAGUCUGACAAGCAUCCUCCUUUUGAUGAUUUGACAUCUGUGUGUUGUAAAUGAAGCCAGCAUCAUCACACCAUACAUUAAUUCUUCUAUCACAGUCACCAGCUCAGAUGAAGUCAGGGAAUAAAGCAAUAAAUGUUGCUCUCUGAAUGCACUGAAACUUAGUGUUAUCCUCUCACUCUGCAGUCUUGUAGUCUGUUUGCAGAUAAUCCAGUUUGUCUUAAAUUGUUGAUGUGAGCCUGAACUUGAGGAGGGAAAAGCCGCAAAGGGUGAGAGAGUGAAACUCUUAUUUCUUGUAGACCAGUGUAAAAUUAUCCCAGGACCUGAGAGCAUGUUUUCAAUGCAUGUAAAAAAAUAGUCACAUCUGUGGGCAAUAACAGUGGCACCAAAUGUGAAGAGAAGAGUUAGUAUUUCACCUUUGUUGAUGAGAAUUUGAUGCAGAUAUGAAAUGCAUCACGUCAAAGCAUUUAGCGCUAAAAUGCCUUUGUAGUUUGAAAGCCUUAUUUUGAUUCUUAAACAUGUUUUUAAAAUCAUAAGAGGACACAAUGAACUUACAUGUUGCCAAAUUAGAGACUUAAUAAAAGCGGGAAUUUAUGUAACUGACUUUUUGUCAGUCUUUUUAAAACCACUGUAGUUUUUAAAAUAAAUUGUAAUCAUCUUGUAGAGAUGCAACAGUUGCUUUCCAGUUUACACUUACAGCACACAAGCUUUCUUUUCUUAUUAAUUAUUUGUUCUUUGUGGUCUGUUACUACUAAAUCUGGACCACAUGUUGUCCUUAAUUCUUUUAACUGUGGUAUUUGUUUAAAGGGGAAUUAAAUAAAAGAGUAUGUAUGUGACACAAAUUUAAGUGAAGUAAAGUUUGUUGUGUUUA